AUGUUUUAUUUCCAGCUGGUGAUCAUGGCAGGGACCGUUCUGCUGGCGUACUACUUUGAGUACACGGACACGUUCCCCGUCCACGUCCAGGGCUUCUUCUGCUUCGACAAAGCCUACUCCAAGCCGUACCCGGGACCGGAGGACAACAGCAAGGCGCCGCCUGUCCUCGUCUACUCCCUCGUCACCGCCAUCCCCACUGUGACGAUUCUGAUCGGAGAAGUGACGGGGUUCUUCGUGAAGACCGAGGGUGCUCAGGAGAAGACCAUCGUGACGGCCGACUGCUGUUACUUCAACCCGCUGCUCCGCAGGAUCGUACGGUUUCUAGGCGUCUAUUCCUUCGGCCUCUUCACCACCACCAUCUUCGCCAACGCGGGUCAGGUGGUGACAGGAAACCAGACGCCUCACUUCCUGUCGGCCUGCAGGCCCAACUACACGGCGCUGGGCUGCCAGUCGCCCCUGCAGUACAUCACGGAGAACCGGGCCUGCACGGGGAACCCGUACGUGGUGAUGUCGGCCCGCAAGUCCUUCCCGUCCAAGGACGCGGCGCUCAGCUUCUACUCGGCCGUCUACACCGUGAUGUACGUGACGCUGGUGUUCCAGACCAAGGGCACCCGCCUCAUGAAGCCCACCCUGUGCCUGGUGCUGCUGUCCCUGGCCGUGCUGGUGGGGGUGGUGCGGGUGACGGAGCACCGGAACCACUGGAACGACGUGGUGGCCGGGUUCAUCACGGGGGGAGCCAUCGCCGCAUUCCUGGUGUCGUGCGUGAUCAAUAACUUCAAGCCCACCCAGAUCGCGGGGGCCGCCCCCCCGGCCCUGCAGCGCCCGGAGCCGCCCGUCGGCGUGCCCCUGCUCAGCCUGCCCCGCGUGGAGAGUCCACUCGAAAAACUCCAGGGCUACCGUAUUCUGAGAUCACAUGACCAUCAGCCAACCCCGUCCCCCGCCCCUCCAGAUGUGCUCCUCCCCUCCAGACGCUGCCUCACCAGCUCAGUCUAGACCUGCCCAUGGAGCCCCCCCAGCUCUGCCCGGCCCACCCCGAGGGACGCACGGCCCUGCGCCGGGUCAAGUCCACCCAGGUGUGAAGGUUCACCGUCUGCAGGGAAGAAACUCUUAGCUGGACCUUUUCAUCGGCGGCGAGCCGCGCGCGCGCAGAGUCCCCCAUCACCCCCCGCCUCCACCCGUCCGUCCUCUCAAAGACGACGCCCCUUCUGUUUUGAGCGAGGAAGUCCCGUGUAAAGACCUCGUCAAAGCUUUUAAAGCAAUACUGUGCGCCGAUUCCUCGGCAGAGGCUCCGCAGACUAUCGGCUGGUGAUUACUUGAUACUUACAAUCAUUAAAAGAGAAAUAAACUCAGACGAACUGAGGGUCUAAAGUGGAUUUUCCUCAAGACCAUUUUGUAAUACUCAGGACAAUUACGUGAAAAAAAGGACGUAAUCAACAAAAAAGACCUUUUCGCCAUCAGAAUGCAGGUACUGUUGAGUAUUAUGGUGUAGAUUUUUUUCUUUUUCUUUCCUCAAAUUUAUUCCUGUAGCACCCUAUAAUGUAAUAAUUUCCUGAAAAUUUAAUAACGCCUGAAAAUG